UUAUCUUUACAUCUUCCCUUUUCUUGUCAUUUGGUAUGUGCGAGAUACUGAUUAAAAACCGCACUUUGCAAAAUGGCCUUUUUCGGUUUUCAAUUUUGUCCAGUUACUGAGAAACCUUAAAUCUCCUUUGCUAUAGCCCUUUGCUUUAGGCCCUUUGGGUCUAACAUUUUAUUUUCUUCAGUCUCUUUAUGCCCUAAAAUGUAUCACCACCGCAUAUGGUCACGGAAUUUCUUUUAUAUCUGAAGUGUAGCGUUAUAAUUGGUUGAUAUUUUAAGUUCUGGAACGCUUAUCAACGUGUUAUUGUUCUCCAAUAUUUUGCUUCAAGCACUUACAAUUAAGCAACUUUGGAGAUCCUGAAUAGCAGAAAAGUUUAUAGAUUAUUCUGUAAAAGAAAAAAAUAAUCCCUCUCUUAGAUACAAGGGCUGCAGGCCUUUCUCCCGUCUCAAGUAUUUAUGCUCUUAUUUGUUACGGUCUUUCUCGCUGCUCCUCAAGACGCAAUGGAUCCCAGAGUUGUAAAGCUCUUAGAGGGAAAAACUGAUCAAAGGAAAUUUCUAGCCAUAGCAUUCUCUUUUGGGUGCCUUUUAACAAGGCCUACACUACACUCAAACUGUGACGGGCCAAUGAAAGAUGAACUCAGGCUGAAGAAAAAGUCGCACAGCGAACCGAAAUAUUCCUUCGAAGAAUUGAGCGACAAAGAAGGAAACUUUGAUAAAUUUACUGCGGGGAAAAAGUUGGACAGCAAACCGAAAUACUCCUUCGCAGAAUCGAGGGACGAAGAAGAAAACUGGGAUGAAGUGAGGCCGAAGAAAAACUUGGACAGCAAACUGAAACAUUACCUCAUAGAAUUGAGCGACGAGGAAGGAACCUUUGAUAAACUUAGGACCAAGAAAAAGUUGGACAGCAAAGCGAACUAUUCCUCUACAGAAUCGAGCGACGAAGAAGAAAACUGGGAGGAAGUUACUGCCAGGAAAAGGUUGGACAGCAAACCGAAAUAUUCCCUCGCGGAAACGAGCGACGAAGAAGAAAACUGGGGUAAUUUGUUUCGAUUGGGAUUUGUAGUGUUAUGUGGUUAAACUCCUUCUAAGAUCUUCUAAGAAAUCUCAAAUACAUGAGGCUACU